UUUCCUUCUUCAAGGGUAUGGUGUUACUAACACUCUCGGCAUCGAUAGAUAGCUUAAGGCCACCUCAAUGCAUCAAGAAACCCUGCAUUCCGGCAUCAAACGGCCAAACGAGCUUCCUAUACUGCGCGUUGGCCCUUAUAGCCCUAGGAACCGGCGGCAUCAAGCCGUGCGUUUCCACAUUCGGAGCGGACCAAUUCGACGAAUCGGAUCCAACCGAAGCCCAAAAGAAGUACGCGUUUUUCAAUUGGUUCUUCUUUGCUAUAAACAUGGGUGCCCUUUUAGGGAUCACCAUUUUGGUGUACAUACAAGUUGAGUUCGGGUGGGUUUGGGGAUUCGGUGUACCGACGGCUUUGAUGAUUGUUUCUGCUUUCAUCUUGGCCGCCGGUUUUUUCAAGUAUCGGUACCAAAAGCCGAUGGGAAGCGCUUUUACGAGAUUUAUUCAAGUCGUGGUGGUUGCUUUGAGGAAUCAUGUGAAGGGUGUUGAGGUGGGGAGGGGAGGUGAGCUUUAUGAGGUUAGGACAAGAGAAUCUGAUAUUGUUGGUGCAAGAAAACUCCCUCACACGAAUCAAUAUAGAUUCUUGGACAAAGCAGCUGUAAUAACAAACCCCGAAAGCAACAACCCAAAGAACCGAUGGAGAUUGUGCACAGUAACACAAGUCGAAGAAUUCAAAUCCUUCGUCAGAAUCCUCCCCAUAUGGGCAUCCACCAUCGCCCUCGCCAUCUCCUUCUCUCAGCUCUCCACCUUCUUCAUCGCCCAAGCCGCCACCACCCGCCGCCACCUCGGCGGCAGCUUCGAGAUUCCGGCGGGCUCAACCCCCGUCUUCAGCGCCGUCAACGCCCUCCUCCUAAUCCCCCUCUACGAAAAGCUCGCCGUCCCCUUCCUCCGCUCCCGUACCGGCCACCCACGUGGCAUCACCUCGUUGCAGCGCAUGGGGAUCGGCCUCUUCGUCUCGAUCCUCGCCAUGCUCUCCGCCGCCUUGGUUGAGAAGAAGCGUCGGGAUUCAUUUCAUUCGAGCUCCGACGACGACGACCGCCGCCGCCGACUGAGUGUUUUCUGGCUCUUCCCGCAGUUUUUUCUGAUGGGUGCGGCGGAGGUUUUCACGUACGUGGGGCAGCUGGAGUUUUUCUACGACGAGGCGACUGACGGUACGAGGAGUAUAAGCAGUGCGAUGUUCUUGAGUGAGAUUGGGAUCGGGAGUUGGCUGAGCACCGCCAUUGUUAAGGUGGUGGAGAGAGCUUCCGGCGGGGGGGAGGGGAAGGGGUGGCUGAGGGAUGAUCUUAAUGUUAGCCGGCUUGAUUGUUUUUACUGGAUUCUUACGGGGAUUAAUGGGGUCAAUUUCUUGGUGUACUUGGUUGUUGCGCGGCGGUUUAAGGGCAGGAGCGGCGGCGGUGGUGGUGGGAGUGUGGCCGAUGAGAAUGCGGCGGUGGAAUUGGCUGCUCCUGGGAACGUGGUGGGAGAUGACGAGGAGUUUCGCAGUGUGGCUAUCUAG